AUGAAUGCUAUAGAGAUCGAUCGAAACAAGAACGUCGGUCUCACGAGUCUCAUGAAGGGAUAUGCUUCCCUGAGUGCCGGUCAACGAUCCUUGAUGGAGAACGCCGGUUGGCUCGACGUCAGAGAGCGGGAGAAAUUGACCAAUGCAGACGGUUACUUUGACGUAUCCAUCCCGCUGAGUCUGAUACUGGGUUUCACCGAAGAUUAUCGCAAGAUCGUCGUUAACGCUAAACACGAGUUGAUUCUGACGAGAGCAAAGAGCGAUGUCAUUGCAAUAGUGCAAACUGCUCCGGAAGAAUGCAAAGUCGUAAUUCAUAAAUUGGAAUGGCUGAUACCGUAUGUAAAGGUGUCAGAUCGACGAAAGAUAGAACUGCUGAGAUUCAUCGAGAGGGGUGCACCCAUCUCCGUGAGCUUUCGUACCUGGGAGCUGUACGAGUACCCUCUACUCCCCACCACUUCGAAACACGUGUGGGCCGUCAAGACGUCGUCUCAGUUGGAAAAACCACGAUACGUGAUACUGGGUUUUCAGACGAGCAGAAAGAACAAGAAAAAUAAGAACGCUAGUCACUUUGAUCACUGCAACGUCAGAGACGUUAAGCUCUUUUUGAACUCGCAAUGUUAUCCCUACGGAAAUCUGAAUCUUAACGUUGAUCAUAUGUAA